UUUCAGCCAGUUACAACCCGAAGCUCACAGGGGCCUGAAGGGCGAAGUUGCCAUAGGUAUUAGCACACCUCAAGGUUAAUCAGAAACGGACCUAAAAUGGAAUCGGUAAUCAUUGUUGCUACAUCCUUCGUCAUAGUCUCAACUUCCCGCGGUCUUAACUUCGCCUGGGGAGUCUAUCAGGCUCUAUAUAAUUGUCUCGUUCGCGAACCCGGAACGGCAUUCACCGGUGCUGCCCCUGCAGAAAUGGAUCUCAACGGCGCAAUCCCAGUAUCUCUAAUGGCGAUAGGAGCCCCCUUUGUUGUCGCUUAGGCUAAGCGUUUCACACCGCGCACAGUCACAUUCGUGGGUGGCGUUGCAUUUGGGCUCUCACUAGACUUAGCUAGCUCUGGGACAGCAUUGUGGGUACAUCUACUAGAUACUCCGCU